ACUAUGAGAUUGUGCAAAAAAAGCUGGUGGCACCUGUUACUGGUGCUCACCGUUGCACUGGGAUCACUGUGGAUGGUGCUGCUGGUCCUUCAGCUGGACACAUCCUUGCCUCUUGACCUGAUCCACAGUCACAGCUGGUUGGAGUACAAGGAUCAUGAUUUUGGCCCAGAGAGCAUAUGCAACUGCUCAGCAAUUCAGCAGGGAGACCAGGAGGCCCUGCAGGAAGCCAAAUUAUUAACCAUUACAAAACACUUCCGGAAGACCAUUCAGAUCCCUGAUGAGUAUUACAUCAACCAAACCCAAGACUGCAGAAAAUUCAAGUCAAAGAGGAAAUACAUAACAUUUCCUCUAAGCCAAGAAGAGGAGGACUUUCCUCUGGCUUAUUCCAUAGUUGUCCAUCACAAGGUGCAGAACUUUGAACGACUGCUGCGAGCCAUCUAUGCACCUCAGAACAUUUAUUGUGUUCAUGUGGACAAAAAAUCACAGCCCUCUGUACAAGCUGCCAUUGAAAGCAUUGUUUCUUGUUUCCCCAAUGUCUUCAUGGUCAGUCAGGCUGUGAGCGUGGUCUAUGCUGGUUGGCCGCGAGUCCAAGCUGACCUUAACUGCAUGGCUGACCUCUAUAAAGCCAGUGCAGAAUGGAAGUACUUCAUCAAUCUCUGUGGGCAGGACUUCCCUCUGAAAACCAACUUGGAAAUGGUAAGGAUGCUGCGCUCGCUGAAGGGCGGCAACAGCAUGGAGACAGAAGACAUGCCCGCAGGGAAGAAGUGGAGGAUAACAAUGGUUCACAAGAUUGUUAAUGGGACAAUCAAGUCGACAGGAAAGUCAAAAAGCCAACCUCCAUUCAACCUGCCCAUUAAGUCAGGAAACGCAUACAUCGUGGUAACUUGGGGCUACGUCCACAGUGUUUUGGAAGACACCCGAAUACAAGCUCUUAUUGAGUGGUCCAAAGACACCUACAGUCCUGAUGAGUUCCUAUGGGCGACCAUUCAGCGAAUCCCUGGUGUUCCCGGCUCGACGAGGCCCCACCCAAAGUACGACCAGACGGACAUUAAUGCCAUUGCACGGCUGGUCAAGUGGUGGUGGCAUGAGGGAUCGCAGGAUUCAGCAGUGUACCCUGAGUGUCAGGGCAGCCACGUAAGGUCCAUAUGUGUAUAUGGAGCUGGGGACCUACAAUGGCUGCUGGAAAACCAUCACCUCUUUGCCAACAAGUUUGACACAUACAGUGAUCCCAUUCCUGUCUUCUGCUUGGAAAAAUAUCUCAGACAGAAAGCUUUGGCCGAGUCAGAAGCUGAAGAUUUUUUCUGGUCUCCAUAG